ACCCGGGAGGACGUCUUCGCUGCUGCUCGUGAGUGGUCGGGAUUUUGGCAACUCGGCGGUCUAUUAAUUUCCUCUGUUCUGUUCUGCAAACUAGGCUGAUUUUUAGAAGAGCAAAGCUGGGAGCUGGAGAUAGUCAAGGAGUAAAGGGACACGGAGACCGUCAACCUCUUUGGGGGGUGGGGGUCCAUUUGUUCCAUGCCGAUGGUUCUGUGAAGGGAAAGAGUUGCAGAAUUCCCCUGAUAUUCAAAUCCAUUGUGAAAGUGGAGGCCUCCAUUCACUAAUCAUAGCAGAAGCCUUUGAGGACGAUACUGGACGUUACACUUGCCUGGCAUCAAAUUCUGUUGGCUCUGAUAGUACUUCAGCAGAAGUAUUCAUUGAAGGUGUCAGCUCAACAGAUUCUGAGAGUGAAAGCUUAGUUUUCAAGUCAAAAGCUGGAGCUAUGCCACAAGUCCAGAAGAAAACCACUUCUGUUUCCUUAACAAUAGGAUCUUCUACUCCAAAGGCUGGAGUCACCACAGCUGUAAUUCAGCCUAUCUCUGUGCCCAUUCAGCAGGUCCAAAGCCCUACUUCAUAUCUGUACCGACUAGAUGGAUCCAAGUCUAUCUACUCCACACCCAUUUUUACAAAGGAGCUGCAAAACUCCACAGCAUCUGAAGGACAGGUUGUUGUACUAGAGUGCAGAGUCAGGGGAGCUCCUCCCUUGUACGUCAAGUGGUUUCGACAGGAUGUUGAAAUCCAAGAUUCUCCAGACUUCAGAAUUCUCCAGAAAAAGCCCCGGUCUGCAGCUGAACCUGAAGAGAUAUGUACAUUAGUAAUUGCAGAGACUUUUGCUGAAGAUGCAGGAACCUUCACAUGCACAGCAACAAAUGAAUAUGGGUCAGUGACGAGCAGUGCAAAACUUACCGUCUGUUCAGCCAACUCUGAAAGCUCUAGCCAUGAGCUGUCAACAAGAGAAUCCAACAGUGAUGAUUUCCAGGAUUUCCCACCUCCCCCUCCAGUUCUAGAGAUUAGUUCUCUUGAGCUUCCUCCAAAGAAGCAUACAGAGAGCCAACAGGUGAACAACACUGAGUAUAGACCCAACAUAGCAGCCGUUCAGUUACAGCUCAACUCUGCUGAGAAGAAAACCAAUGGCAUCCAUCCCAGUCAUGAAGCAAAUGGAGUGAUUAACAGCAAAGCUAGCAGUGAUAAAUCUGCCCCAGCUCCAGCUGUCCUGCUUUCACCCACAAAGGAACCACCACCAGUCCUUGCCAAACCAAAGCUGGACCCUCUAAAACUACAACAACUGCAGAACCAAAUUCGUCUGGAACAAGAAGGUGGUCAGCGGUACCAUCACCACCAGCAACAUCAAACCCUCCUCCAUCUCCCCCUUUCCUCCUCCCCCUUCCUUCCAGGAGCUGGUGUCCAGCCAGUCUGUCAGUUCUCCUGUGCAAAUGAGCGUUCUCAACUCCCACACUUCCCCCACCAUGCAGUCAUCCAGCACCUUAACUAUGCCCGGCCUAAACAAUUCAUUGCUGCUCAGAACAUCAGUCCUGCUUCAGGUUAUGUAACUCCUUCAUCUGGGUCUUCCACAUCCAGCCUUCCAUCCCCUAUGUCUCCAACUGCCUCUCAGAAACAAUUUGGCAGAGCACCUGUUCCCCCUUUCUCCCAGCCAUUUGCUCCAGAAGGAGAGUACCUGUGGUCUCCAUCUUCCUCUUCACCCCCUCCCCCACCUCCACCAGUCUUCAGUCCAACUGCAACAUUUUCAGUUUCUGACUCCUUCCCACUUCCCCCACCCCCUCCUCCUCCUCUCCCUUCCUCAGUUUCCUCACCUUCCCGCAGUCUUUCUCCAACUGCUAGAUUCUCUAACUCUAGCCAGUCUCCAGCAGCGUUCCUCAGCUCCAUGUUACCAUCCCAGACACCGCCUAUAUCUGUCAAUGCACUAGGACUUCCAAAAGGUGUUAUGCCUCCGGGAUUUCCAAAGAAAACAGGCAGAACUGCUAGGAUAGCAUCUGAUGAAGAGAUUCAAGGGACAAAAGAUGCUGUCAUACAAGACCUGGAAAGAAAACUUCGUUUCAAGGAAGAACUUUUGAAUAAUGGCCAGCCGAGGUUAACAUAUGAGGAGAAGAUGGCACGUCGACUACUGGGUGCUGACAAUGCUGCAACUGUCUUUAACAUACAGGAACCAGAUGAAGAGCCCACUACACAGGAAGCUUGCUCUCUUGAUGCUUCUAUAAUGAAUCCUGUGGAUAAUCAAAAGGAGUAUAAAGUCUCCAGCUUUGAGCAGAGACUGAUCAGUGAGAUUGAAUACCGUCUGGAGAGGUCUCCUGUGGAGGAAUCGGAUGAUGAGGUGCAGCAUGGAGACGAGCCCACUGAUAACCGUGUGGCACCAUAUUUUGAGAUGAAGCUGAAACAUUACAAAAUCUUUGAAGGAAUGCCAGUCACAUUUACAUGCAGAGUGGCUGGAAAUCCAAAGCCAAAGAUUUAUUGGUUCAAAGACGGGAAGCAAAUCUCUAAAAGGAGUGACCACUACAGAAUUCAAAGAGAACCGGAUGGGACCUGCUCUCUCCACACUGCAGCCUCCACCCUGGAUGACGAUGGGAAUUACACUAUCAUGGCUGCCAACCCUCAGGGCAGAAUAAGCUGUACUGGAAGGCUGAUGGUUCAAGCUGUCAAUCAGAGAGGACGGAGUCCUCGAACACCCCCCAACCAGCCUCAUAUCAGAAGACCUCGAUCUCGAUCAAGGGACAGUGGCGAUGAAAAUGAACCAAUUCAGGAACGAUUCUUCCGACCUCAUUUCCUGCAGGCUCCUGGAGACCUGAUUGUUCAAGAAGGAAAACUCUGCAGAAUGGACUGCAAGGUCAGUGGAUUACCAACUCCAGAUCUAAGCUGGCAACUCAAUGGAAGACCAAUUCGUCCUGAUAGUUCUCACAAAAUGUUGGUGCGUGAGAAUGGUGUACACUCUCUGAUCAUAGAGCCAGUCACAGCUAGAGAUUCUGGCAUCUACACGUGCAUUGCCACCAAUCGAGCUGGUCAAAACACAUUCAGCCUGGAGCUCAUUGUUGCAGCUAAGGAAGAACACAAGCCACCUGUGUUUAUAGAGAAGCUACAGAACACAGGAGUGGCUGAUGGAUAUCCUGUGCGACUGGAGUGCCGAGUCUCUGGGAUGCCGUAUCCUCAGAUAUUUUGGAAGAAAGAGAAUGAGUCGCUUACUUACAACACUGAAAGAGUGAGUAUGCACCAGGAUAAUCAUGGCUACAUUUGCCUGCUUAUUCAGGGAGCUACAAAAGAAGAUGCUGGUUGGUAUACUGUGUCAGCUAAGAAUGAGGCUGGGAUUGUGUCCUGCACUGCCAGGCUUGAUGUUUAUACUCAAUGGCAACAACAACCUCAAACCACCAAGCCAAAGAAGGUGCGUCCCUCAGCCAGUCGAUAUGCAGCACUUUCUGACCAAGGACUAGACAUCAAGGCAGCGUUCCAGCCUGAAGCAAACCCAGUUCAUCUGACACUGCAGUCUGGCUUGGUAGAGAGCGAUGACCUGUAGACCUGAGCUGCCAGAUCCAUCAUUUUCUUUCAAGAGCAGAAACACUGAAAGCCAUUGCCUUGACCAAUGAUACUUCUAUGUCACUUUAUGUAAAGCCAGACACCUUUCUAAGUACAAAAAUCCCCACCUUAACCAUAUAUUUCUUAUUCCUACCAAAUUAGGAUAGGUAGCUGAUUAAUAGAAAUAUUCACAUUGCACAGAAAAUCACAUUCACCGUUCAGUUCCUUAUGCCUAUAUUGAUAGAACUCUUAUAAAUAACCUUUUUCAUAAUGGCCAAAAUACUUCUGAAAAAUCUGGUUCACUUCAGUAAACAGUACAGUAUUUAUCACCAAGUGCCUUCCUAAGCAAGAUGUAGAUGCUACAUUGUAUUAAAUGGUGUGAGAAGUUUCAUUUAAGGCUAUUAGACCAUAAAGGAAAUUAACAUGUAUGGUUAUCUUUUUACAAUUCAAAAAUGGCAAUGCAGCAUGAUAGAUAUAGUCAACAAGUGCAAUAUUGUAAGAAUAAAACAGGAAGCGAGAAGGAAAAACUGAAGCAAAUACCUUGUCUCUACAAUGAGAAAGGAAAUGCGUGCCUUAAAAUGUUAGAACUGCCAAUACUAUAUAGCAAGGCUGACACCUUAGUUCUUAAAAAUAAUUUCUAUUUUUUUUUUUUUUGCCAGCUAGGAGGCUUAUUUACAAACAUACUGCAAGGCUAAUUUAAGCAUAAAUAAUUGAACCUAGACAAAAUAAUGAGAGCUGAGGCAUAAUACACUACUACAGACUAUAAAUCCUAGCACCCAAGUAAGGGAUACUUUUGGGGGAGAGAAAAAUGCCAGUAGUAUAGUUUUACUACAUAAGGUUAGCAAAAAGGGGGGAGAGGGGGAAAACUAUGGAUGUUUUUAUAGUAUUUAAAACAAAACAAAAACAAAAACAGUUCCUGAAAACUAACAGAACCCUGCCAUUCACACAUUUGAAAUUCCCAGGUCAGCAGAAAGCUAUGGAGUUUAUGUAGUGGACAUUUCUGAUCGUUUAGAGCUUGUAUGAGGAUUUUAGGAAUGUAGAGCAAGUGAAAAAAAUGGACUGAGUCUGCAAUCAGAGUUUAAAUGAUAAGCACAUAUCAUAGGGGGUAGGCUAGUAGAAUGAAGAGGGAGAAAAACAGAUGUGCCAUUACAUUAUUUUCUUAAGACAACAUGUGCAGGUGGUGGACAAUAAAUGUGUGUUCUCUUCCCUUGUGUACAACAGACUAACCAUGCUGUGGCUAGGGAUUGCGUGCAGUAGGUGAAGACUUUAGAAUAGCUCUUUUCAGAAUGCAAAGCAAUUUCACAUCAAACUGGACUCUACCUAGUCUAUUGUACUAGGCAGUUUUGACUCUGAACCAAUUAAUUUAGUUGAGGGGGCAGAAGAAUUUUAAUUGGGC